GAUUUCCAUCCCGGUGACCAGGCAAUCAUCGCCAGCUGUGGCAUGGACAGCAGCAUCCGCGUGUGGAGCCUGCAAGAGUGCUGGCACGUGGUAGACCAUUCCAACACCUGGGCAGACGUCCCAUCCAAGUUCCCCACCAAAAUUCUACAGUACCCUCUGUAUGUGGUGUGUGACGUGCACACCAACUACAUUGACUGCCUGCGGUGGUAUGGCGACUUCGUGCUCUCUAAGAGUGUAGACAACGAGGUCAUCCUAUGGCGCUGGUGCCACAAGCCCGGAACUGAACCCGGCUCCGCCCACCCUGCUGAGGGAACCUUGGACAUUUUGCAGCGUUAUCCAGUGCCGGAUUGCGGGUUCUGGUUCAUUAAGUUCGAUCUUGACUACAUGGCCAAUAUUAUGGCCAUAGGCAAUUGUGUGGGCAAGGUGUAUGUGUACGACCUGCAAUCCAGCCCUCCUAUUCUCCUCAGCAC